AUGUCGGAGCGCAAGCCCGCACGCCUCGAUCACUCUCGAGGCGACUUCGAUCCGCAUCUCGUUCCAAGCUCUCACAGAGACCGGGACCGAGAACUAGGACGAGUCCAUCGCCGAUCUUGCUCUGCGCGCAGUCUCAGUUUCAGCAUGUGUACCACAAGUACCACCACUACUUCAAGUAGGACUUUCGGCCGUUCGCAAAAGCAAAAGCAACCGGGGAUCAUCCUCACCGGCCUAUCCUCGCCCAUGCCAGACUUAUCCAGCGCAUCGCCAUCAACCUCGAUCUCAUCAUCAGACACCAGACCCGGCUUCGGGUCCGGCUUCGACUAUGCACGAGAUAACAGCGCAGCGAUGUACGCCCUGGACGGAACUCGCAUGGGACCAUUAAUCACCACCGAACCUGCACUAGCCCGCACCUCGCUGUCAUGCCCCGCGCCAUCUAUAUCGUCCACAUCGCCCUCCGCACCAGCCUCCGUGUCCAGCAUCGAGCAGCGCACAUACGCCUGUCUCUUCCACAUGCUCGACUGCUACGAGUCCUUCGACGACGAGGCCGAAUGGCGCACCCACGUCUUCAGCCACUUUCGAUCCCACCCGACGCCGUCCUCCGCGCGCUGUCCAUUGUGUCCGAAUACCAAGUUCGUCGAUGGCAUCGUGGAGCCAGUGUCUUCGCCGCUUCUCGAGGAUGUCGAGGCCGCGAACCUCAUCGACGUGGCCAGGCCGCUUCUCGACUUCCCCUCCGCCUGGCAUCGCAUGCUAGACCAUGUCGCUGGGGACCAUUAUAGCCAUGGCCAGACGCUGGCGGGUAGUCGGCCGGAUUUCGAGCUCAUGCGAUAUCUGUACGGUAUGCGGAUUAUCACGGACGCGCAGUUUAAGGCUACGCAGUUGCCGCCUGCGCCGUCGAGUCCGGCUUAUCAUCGCUCGCAGGAUGGUGUUCGGGCGAGUAUUGGCUCGGCGGAUGAACCGUAUUGCGCGCCGUAUAGUAAGCGUCGGGAGGAGAGGAUGCGGGGACAGCGGAGGGGUGUUGGGGUUGUGUAG